AUGUAUUUAAUGAGCUUGCAACAAAGACCCAAUGGGUCCCUAAAACAGUAUACUGAGCGGUUUAGAGCUGGCACACAGGAAGUAAGGGACCUCCUGAUCGGUUUGGCAACCUCAGCCUUGCUUAACGGAACCACAUAUGCCCCGCUCAGAAGAUCCCUAGCAUUUUUCAAGCCAGAUUCAAUGACCAAACUGUUCCCCCGGGCAGAGCAAUUUGUCGUCCAAAUGAAAAUUCUUGAAGCAUGGGAAGGAAAAAGGAAGGGGAGGAAAAAUGACGUUAGUCCAGACCGAGCUAUAAAGGUACAAAGGAGAAAGGAGCCCCCAAAGAUGCAAUUACGGAGUUUCACCCCCCUCACUAAGCCAAGAGCUGUUAUCCUCUCAUCCAUUGCCCAUACAGGGCUCAUUAACUUUCCCCCACAUUCCAGCCAGCCUCUGAGCAAGAACAUGGACGCUUUUUGCAAAUUUCAUGAGUCCUCGAGGCACACUACAAAGCAAUGCAGGGAGUUACGCAACCAAAUUGAACAGCUUAUCAGGGAAGGGAAGCUUGACCGGUAUAUAUUAGAUAAGCCAAAAAAUCAACAAAAUAGGGGAGAUGGGUCCAGGAGAGAUAAUCAAAGGAGGCCCCCCCGUCCUAAGUAUGAUGCCACAAAUGAAAGGGAAAACCAGCAGCCCUGA